AUGGGCUCGCGCACGCCGCACACGCUGGUGGACACCACGCCCGCCAAGACCAUCGUGGUGUACCGCAACGGGGACCAGUUCUACGUGGGCCGCAAGUUCGUGCUGUCGCGGCGCCGCGUGGCCACCUUCGAGGCGCUGCUGGAGCAGCUGACCGAGCAGGUGGAGGUGCCGUUCGGUGUGCGGCGCCUCUUCACGCCGACGCGCGGGCGCCCGGUGCUGGAGCUGGACUCGCUGCAGGCCGGCGGCAAGUACGUGGCGGCCGGGCGCGAGCGCUUCAAGAAGCUGGAUUAUAUUAAUAUAGUUCCCAGAAAACCUGCAAAGAUGAGGAAGUUGAAGGAAAUCAAGCCGGUGGUGCACUGUGGCAUGAACGUGCCUUCCAGGUGGCAGACGUUCCAUCGUAUGUCCCGACAAAUAAAUGUUUUCACAAAUGGAAGAUUAUUUAUUCCACCUGUAAAGAUUAUUAUACCCAAAUUCAGCCUGAUGGAGUGGAACAGCGUGCUGGCCACGGUCGGGGAGAAGGUCUUCCCUCUGGGAGGCGUUAGAAAAUUAUUUACAAUGAAUGGACAUCUUUUGGACAACUCCAAGGAUUUGCAAGACAACCAUUUUUACGUGGCGGCGGGACUGGAGGCCUUCAAGAAUUUCCCUUACUGGAAGUCCCCGAAGGUGCCGAGUGAAGUCCAACAAAAGUACACAGACAUGGAGAAACAUUCACGAAGAAAGAAAAAAGAGGAUCCCAAGGUGAAAGACACUCGUAAACAGGACAGCGUUUCACCCAAAACACAGGAUUCUGUGUUUCAUGCCAAAGAAGGAAAAAAGAAACCAAAGGCAGAGGAUUUAAUCCAGAGUGGGGCAGAUGGUGACGUGUUUAAAGCCCAGACUCCUAACCAGGAGACCCAAGGAGCCCCGGAAGUCAAGGAGGCCCCAGACGUGCGUGUGGAGCUGCCUGUGGACGGGAGACCAGCCGAAAUCGUCAAAGACACUGAAGAGACACACAGACACAUGUCUGAUUUUGAAAGCAACAGGGAAAAAGAAGAUGAAAAGCUUUAUGAAGAUAAUGAAAGGAAGGCACCCAGAGACACCCUCCUGGGUUGUCCAGAGAGCCAGGAAUGCUCCGCGCUGUCAGGCUCAGGAUGA